AUGGCAACGAACAAGCCAGAAAUCCUAGACACUGUAGAUCCACUGGUGAUUAUGGUUAGCGUUGGUGUCGCCUCAGAAUCACCUGGUUUGACAGGUCACUACGCCAUCUGGGCAUACUACCUCUUUGAUGGUCCUCGUCCACUCACUUGUACACUGGAACGCAUUGGCCUCGCAUCGGGCUUUCAAGCAUCGUGUCGUGGAGCUACGGGAUCGACUGUGACGACUAUUCUUCCCUUUGUCCUGUCCAAUCAGAGCAGUGCCGAUGUACCUCGGUAUGUUGUGCGGGCCGCUGUAAAUGCUGAAAUGAAAAAUAUCGCUGCUGCUGAAGCUGCUGCUCUCGACGCAGCAGCGGCGGGGACAGAGGCUGCCCAGGCGCCUAUUCCGGGAAUCACAUUUGCAAUCAAGGACGCUAUUCAGACGGCCUUGGGUAUAGCAUCUGUGCUUGCAUCGCAGGCGACUCUGAAGCGUGAACCCGCAUCUGACGGCGCGAGUGGGUCGUAA